AUGAAGAUCAGGAGACAUGCCUGCAAAGUUCUCUGCAUUGGGCUGACUCUGUUUAUCGCCUAUAGUCUCUUCCUGGUAUUUUAUACCAAGGUGACUUUACAAAAGUUAUUUCUGGCUAGUGUCCAAGAGGAGCUUCGUUUGCCUCUAUCUGAAUGGAACGGGACAGUGAAAAAGAAACUCUCUCAUUUAGAGUUGGAUUUGCAGCAUCUGAAAGAAAGUAUGAAACUGGUUAUGAAGCAACAAGAAAAUUUGAACAACACACUGGAGGGGAUGGAAGAUGAACAUCCUGUUCAAAAGGCAGUGGAAGUCAAGGCAAGUGAGACAAAGAAACCCAAACCCAGAGAGAAACUCUUCCCAGACUCACCGCUUUUCAAACAGUGGGGUGAGGAUCUUUCUGAGGCCCAGCAGAAAAAGGCCAAGGACCUCUUCCGGAACUUUGGUUACAAUGCUUACCUCAGUAACCGGCUGCCCCUGGACCGGGCCAUCCCAGACACUCGGCAUUCCAGGUGUCUUCAGAAGACAUAUUCUUCACAACUCCCAUCCCUCAGUGUCAUUCUCAUAUUCAUGAAUGAAGCUCUGUCCAUUAUACAACGGGCCAUCACCAGUAUCAUCAACCGGACCCCCUCUCCAUUGUUGAAGGAGAUCAUCUUGGUGGAUGAUUUUAGCUCAAAUGGAGAACUAAAGGCAAACUUGGAUGAGACUAUUAAGCUUUACAACCAGAAGUAUCCAGGACUACUGAAAAUAGUGCGGCACACCAAGAGGAAAGGCCUCGCUCAGGCCCGCAACUCUGGCUGGGAGGCGGCCGCGGCCGACGUUGUUGCCAUCUUGGACGCUCAUGUUGAAGUGAACGCCGGGUGGGCAGAGCCCAUCUUGGCCCGGAUUCAGGAAGAUCACACCGUGAUUGUGUCUCCUGUGUUUGAUAAGAUUCAUUUUGACACCUUUGAAGUGGAUAAGUAUGAUUUGGCAGUUGAUGGGUUUAACUGGAAACUCUGGUGCCGCUAUGAUUCACUGCCAAAGACCUGGAUUGACCUGAAUGAUGUCACCGCUCCAGUGAAGAGUCCUUCCAUCAUGGGCAUCCUGGCUGCCAACAGGCUCUUCCUGGGAAAGAUUGGAUCUCUGGAUGGUGGGAUGCUGGUCUAUGGAGGAGAGAAUGUGGAACUUAGCCUGAGGGUGUGGCAGUGUGGAGGGAGAAUCGAGGUCUUGCCCUGCUCCCGGAUUGCUCACCUAGAGAGAUACCACAAGCCCUAUGCCUUGGAUCUGACUCCUGCCUUGAGGCGCAAUGCUCUCAGAGUGGCCGAAAUCUGGAUGGAUGAGUACAAAGACAUGGUCUACUUGGCCUGGAACAUACCUCUCCAGAACUCUGGAAUCGAUUAUGGAGACAUUUCUUCCAGAAUAGCACUCCGGGAGAAAUUGGAAUGUAAAACUUUUGACUGGUAUCUGAAAAAUAUUUAUCCAGCCCUGAAGCCAAUACGCGACAUUGUAGGCUACGGAAGACUGAAAAACCCACUGGAUGGAAAUGUCUGCCUGGAUCAGGGACCUAUUCUAGGCAACACCCCCACCAUGAAUUACUGUAAUGAAUACAGUUCACAGAAUGUCUACUACCAUCUAACUGGGGAGUUGUAUGUGGGACCGCUGAUUGCAGAAACAAAUACUGAUGAUCGCUGCCUGACAGACCCUGGCAGUGGGGAGAAGCCCACUUUAGAGCCAUGUUCCAAGGCAGCCCAAAAUAGACUGCACAUAUAUUGGGAUUUUAAACCGCAAAGAGCCCUCAAAAACAGAGUCACCAACCGAUGUCUGGAGAUAAAGAAGAGCAAUUUGGGUUUCUAUAUGCCUGUGCUCCAGACCUGUACCACACAAGUGUGGACAAUCCAGCAUACCGUCCGAGGCUGGGGGGCCAACUAGCAUCCCGUGAUCCUCAGAGAGCCUGCAUUUGGGACAUCAGUUCUUGCCACUGAAUGGUUUCUACUCCCA